AUGGCGCACUGCAAGACAGAGCAGGACGACUGGCUGCUGGCCCACCUGAAGUACCUGCUCUUCCUCUUCAACUUCUUCUUCUGGGUAGGUGGGGCAGCUGUCAUGGCCGUGGGUAUCUGGACACUGGUGGAGAAGAGCGUUUACCUCAGCAUCUUGGCCUCCAGCACGUUCGCUGCCUCUGCCUACAUCCUCAUUUUCGUUGGUGGUCUUGUCAUGACAACUGGCUUCCUGGGCUUUGGGGCCAUCAUCCGGGAGCAGAAGAGCUGUCUCUCCACAUAUUUCUGCCUGUUGCUGGUCAUCUUCCUCGUGGAGCUGGUGGCAGGGGUCCUGGCGCACGUGUACUACCAGAGGCUGAGUGAGGAACUGAGGCGGCACCUGAACAGCACCCUGACUGAGCGCUACGGGCAGCCCAUGGCUGCAGAGAUCACAGCCUCGGUGGACCGGCUGCAGCAAGACUUCAAAUGCUGUGGCAGUAACAGCUCAGCCGACUGGCAGCACAGCGCAUACAUCUUGUCUCAGGAAGCCCUGGGUCGCCAGGUGCCCGACAGCUGCUGCAAGACAGUGGUAGCCCGCUGUGGUCAGCGCACCCACCCCUCCAACAUCUACAAGGUAGAGGGAGGCUGCAUGGCCAAACUGGAGCAGUUCUUGGCUGACCACCUGCUGCUCAUGGGCGCGGUGGGCAUUGGGGUAGCCUGUCUUCAGAUCUGCGGGAUGAUCCUCACCUGUUGCUUGCACCGGAGGCUCCAGCAACACUUUUAUUAAAGGACACACCCUGUAGCCUGCUGACUGGCCCACACAAGGGACCACCACUCCACACCCUGAACCAGG